UCCUGCCCGGCCCCGGAACUCAAAGACACCAUCACCAUUCUCAUCACAUUGGAUUACGCUCAGUUUUAUUUUUGUCCAGAGCCAAUUAGUGGCAUCAACAGACCGCAAUUACAAUUUUUACAAGCGCCAUCGCCGUCGUCGUCGUUCUACAAUUUGGCCAACAGCAACAACAACAUCUGUAACAGCCAGAAUUACAACAACAAUUGUUUCCACAACAUCAACAACAUUGCGCAACAAGCCGCCCAUCGUUCAUCUUUACUUUGUCAGCAAGAAGAUACAACAACGCCACCUACAUACUACAAUUACAACUACAACUACAUCCAUCAGCAACAACAACUGCAGCAGCAGCAGCAGCAACAACAUCAGCAUCAGCAACACCAUUACAAUCCCUUUUUAAGUCCCCAACUCAACCAUCAUCUCCAGCAGCCACCCCUACCACCACCCCUUCCACCGCCACCAACACCCCAUCUGCCGCAUCUCUUCAAACACAGCAGCACAAAUCCGUUCGCUUCCAGUGUCAGUAGCUACCUCGGAGGAGGCGGAGGAUCGUCGGGAGGUUUUGCGGGUCUAGGACUGGGUGGCCUGGGUGCUCUAACAGGCGGAGCAGGCGGUGGCUAUACCCCAUUGGGUCGUAGCUAUCGUUACUACAAACACCACUCCACCGGGGGUCUAGGCGGUCACAGCAGCUACAACGGUUAUUACAGCCUAAGUUUUGGAGAGAGUUACUACCCCUAUAGCUCACCCGGAGGCGUUGCGGCAGGAGUCCUUAGUCAGAGUGGCAGUGGCAGCGGUCUGGCACCACUAGGCGGCGGUAGUGGCAAUUAUUUUGGUCGCAUCUCUCCGGCAGCAGCCCAUACGGGUCCCCUCCUAGCCACAUCAGCGGCAGACACAACUCGUAGCAGUCUCCUAAAGCUAGCGGCAUCACCAACCCCGCCAGCAGCUUCCUUAGCUCCACCACCACCACCCCCGCUCUUACCACCUUUAGAUGACGAUUUGCAAGUGAGCACCGAACCUUACUUGUCUACGUAUUCCAGGCCCAUAGACUACAUACCCUCGCCACCGGCCUCGUUGCGUUCGGAAACCUACGCCUAUCGACCACCGAGUAGGCGCCGAGAGUCGGGUAGAUAUUCAGCGACCGGUUAUUACACACGCCAGAGGGCCCGUGGUUUUUCGCCGAUCAUCGACUGUGAUCGGUAUUUGGACAGUGAAUUUGUGGGUCGAGGCCGUCGUCGCCAUCGCACCAACAGUCUUCAGAGUACUUGUGAUCUUGGCCUAUCGCCGUUCACGCCCAUCGAUCGGCUAUCGCCAAUACGCCAUUCGACAACAUCGUCCUCGCCUCGCCAACAGCGCGAGAAAUAUUUAUCUCCAGGCGGGAGUCCAAAAUACAGCAACAAAACGUCGUCCACACCACAGCCGUCACAUCAUCUCGAGUCUCAAUACCAUUCACAAGUCGACCUGCCACCAACCACGCCCUCAGAUCCAUCAUCAGCUGUCACCGGGCAUUAUCAUCACAAAACGACUGCGGCCAGCGGCAGCCACCAUCAACAUCAGUCGCAUCAUCAUCACCACGCCCACCAACAGCCAGCCGAACAGAAAUACGAUCCUCAGACGCCAUAUCAGCCAUACGCCAGCGAUAGUACGGAAACAUAUCAUCACAAGAGGUCGCCCCACGCCAAAACGGAACACAAACUGGGAGCAUCAGGGGAAUACCAUCAGCAACAGCAGCAGCAACACUACCAGGCACAACAACAACACCAACAGCCGUACCAACAAUAUCCUCCACCCACACACCACCAAAUCACGGCGGCCACCACCAUCUCCAGCUGCUCGUCACGACCCCUGACGCAACAGCACGACGAUAGCUGUGAAGAGUUCCAUCACAUACCGUUCAAUCUCAGCUAUUUCCAGCGCAAAAGAAUGAUGGUGAGCAAAUUGUGGAAGGGCUGUUUCCCGGACGUGACGCCGGAGCAUGUGCAUCGCCACAACUUCUAUCUAUGUCAGUGGCAGCGCAAUACCCAGGUGCGGAUCAUUUAUCUCUUCUAUCGCUGGAUCACGGCCAUUAUUUGUUUGGCAGCGUUGGUGUGUUCGCUGCUGGACAUCGGUCGAACGGAUGAACAUUUCGAAAAUCACUAUGCCAAAUGGUGGAUAUAUCUAACCCAUUGGGGGCUGUUGUUUUGUACGGUACAGGCAUGGUUGGCGGCAAUGAUUGUGACGCAGGGUAUGAUGGUGGAACGGGAGGAUUUCGAGUUAAUGCGCCAGGCGAAAAAGUCGAAGUUGCAUUAUCUCUAUUGGAUAAUUUAUACGUGCGCGACGGUCUAUGCUUUUAUAAUAACGAUGUGUUAUUGGUUGCUGGUUCAUGAUCCGGAGGUCCACAAGAUUGACACUUUGAACAUCAUGGUACAUGUCUUGAAUUCGGUCAUAAUGCUUAUCGAUUUGGCCAUUGUCGGACAUCCCAUUAAACUGAGUCAUGUCUACUUCACCACUGGCAUUGGUCUGGCUUAUGCCAUAUUCACGGGCAUUUACUUUUUGGCUGGCGGUACCGACAGGAAAAAUGAAAAAGCCAUCUAUCCCAUGCUCGACUGGAGGAAGCCAGGCAAGGCCAUUAUUGUCACCGUUUGCGCCAUCAUCUUUGUGUUUGUGGUACAUUUUCUGUGUUUCCUACUGUACCGUGCCCGCGUGUGGCUCUUCACCAAGCUCUGUAUACGCAGCUCACAUCAUCGUCGUCGCGAUGGCGAUAUUUGUGAGGGCCUCAAUGAUGACUCCUAUGCCCGGCUGGGCGGUGGCAGUAGUGCUGAUUAUUCGCAUCAACAACAGUUCCCAACCAUUGUACACUCGGAACAGCCACAUCGCACACAUUUGUCGGUGGCCACCAGUGCAGCAGCUACACAGCCACAGCCAACGACCGAACAUUUGUAUGCCAAUGCGCCCAGUCAUCAUGGUACCAGCAGCAGCUCCGCCACCCAUCAUCAGCAUCAACAGCAGCAGUCGUCGCAUCAUCAUCAUUCCAGUCAUCAAACAACGCAUCAGUAUCCUCCCCAGUAUUCGGGCUAUCAGCAACAACCUGUUGUGGCCGGUGUCAAUGUGGGUGUAAUUAGUUCGGCUGAUAUUUAUCAGCAUCAGUCGCAGCAGCAGCAACAACAACAGCAGCAGCAUCACCAUCAUCAACAACACCAGCCACAUGACAACAAUAACAAACAACACAAGAGUGGUGGCUCAUCAAAUAUUGGGGGCAGUGGUGGUGCCUCGGGUGGAGGCGGUGUAAAUUCCUCGAAUUCCGCCUUGUCGCGCACCGUCUCCCACUUGGAUGCAUCGCAGCGUGAACAAUUCCUAAAUCCCAAUCAAAUUGUGGAAUACAAAAUGUAAAGACGUUGUACCCGGCACCGAUAUACAUUCAAUUUGUCCAUGAAAUUUCUAGAGAAGCAUUGUCCCCAGUGUCAAGCCUACAGGGAACAGGCUCAGCUUAGUGAUGAGGGCGACGAGGAUGAGGCUGCCGGCAUCAAUAGUGGUAAAUGUAGCGAAUCGAAGAAAUUAGAUUGUGGAGAGAAAUGUUGUUAGACGGCGUUGGGGGACUCUGGAAGGGGACUUUGAGAAAAACUUCACAAAAACGAGGAAUGGAAGCUUGCGGCCCGGAGUAGAAGGUUUAGAAUAUUUUUUAUAAAAAAAUCCAUUUUUCUUGAAAACUCAAAUUGAGGUCACCUUUACGAAAUUGUAAAUUAGACGCUAAUCAUAAAAGUCAAAA